AUGUUCAAAUUGCGGAGAAGUGGUCAAUGCGUUGGAAUUGCAGCGCUACUUAUCGUUAUUUGGGUGGUAUCGUUUAUUGCCUACUUGGGAAAAUUUGAGGCACAGAAUCGGCUUUCGCAUCGACGGGCUAUUGUUGCUGCCGAUAGGGCUCGUCUAAGUCGGGGCGAUCGAUUAAAUGUUGUCCAGAAUUUAGCAAUAUCCAACGAUGACCAGCCAAAAGUACAAUUAUCGUCCGGUGGUGAUAAAGUACCAGUACAAAUGAAAGAGGAACAAUUGUCGUUAAAUGAAAUUCCAGAAGUAAAUCUUGAAGAACUUUCUGUAAUUAAAGAUGUUGAAGAACAGAAAUUACACAAUCGAUUGUUUGAUGAGUAUGUUUUCAAUGAUUUACUAAGCCAAAAAAUUGGUCCACGACGAAAGAUUCCAGAUAGUAGACAUGCACUGUGCCGAAACGAAACUUAUGCAGAUGACCUGCCGGCAGCAAGUAUCAUCAUAUGCUACUAUAAUGAAGCGCCUUCGGUACUUAUUCGAUCGGUUAACAGCAUCAUCGACCGAACUCCGUCACAUCUAAUUCACGAAAUUCUUUUAAUCGAUGAUAGCAAGAAUGAUAUGGACAAAAAACUUCACGAAUAUGCUGCGGAAAAUUGGUCACAGGAUGUGGUAAAGUUACUCCGUACAGAAAAAAACGAAGGGCUUAUACGGGCAAAAAUGUUUGGUGCAAGUCACGCUAGUGGACCAGUGCUAAUCUUCCUUGAUAGUCAUAUUGAAGCUAACGAACAGUGGAUUGAGCCAUUAUUGGAUCGUAUAAAAACUGAUCCCCAUAACGUGGUGUGUCCUGUAAUAGAUAUCAUUGAUGCUGAAACGAUGAAAUAUCUAAAAUCACCAGUAUGCAGUGGUGGUAUGUCAUGGUCUCUUGUUUUCAAGUGGGUUUAUCCAUCGCACGGGUACUUUAACGAUGUUAGAAACAAUGUACGACCUUUGAAAUCUGCAACAAUGGCAGGAGGUCUUUUUGCAAUUGAUAGGAACUAUUUCAAUGAACUUGGACAGUAUGAUGAUGGAAUGGACAUUUGGGGGGCUGAAAAUGUAGAAAUUUCAAUGCGAAUAUGGAUGUGUGGUGGACGUUUGGAAAUUAUUCCUUGCAGUCGUGUUGGCCAUAUCUUCCGGAAAAGACGCCCAUAUGGUCUGGGAGUUGAUUCACUUGGUCGUAACGCUGCUCGUGCAGCCAAUGUUUGGCUGGACGAAUAUCUUUAUAAAUUCUAUGAGGCAGCUCCUUAUCUGAAAGGAUUGGAUUUUGGGGAUAUAUCAGCAAGGAAACAACUACGAUCUCGUCUUCAGUGCAAAUCGUUUGAUUGGUAUUUAAAGAAUGUUUAUCCGAAUUUGCUUUCAGACAAAACGAAAGCAAAUGAAGUAAAAGCGUCGAAGUUUACAAAUAAUAACACGUUCAAAAGUGACAAAUACCAUAUAGUUUUGCAUGGCACGAAUCUCUGUCUAACAGGCGAUGAAGUAGUAAGUGGAAGGCUAAGGAUGGGUGCCAACAUUAUAAUGGAGAGAUGUCAGCCGGAUGAGAGGAAUCAGUUGUGGAGGUAUACAGAGAUUGGGGAACUUCGUCCGAUGGGGUCAAGCAAACUGUGCUUAGACUCAUUAAAGGGACCAAGGCUGCUAAAAUGCCAUGCGCAGGGGUCACACCAACGUUGGACUUUCAAGAACAACAUGAAAUUGUUCAAUGCUGCAUCAGGAAUGUGUGUUUACGCAGAAAAUAAUCUCUCGGGCAUUGCUGAAACCAGAGUUUGUUCGGAGAGUAGUGACUGGGAUUUUGUUAAAGUUUCUGUAUAA